AGCUGUGAUCCAGUGAAGUGAGAGGACACAGACAAGUUAACGGUCCAGUAUGGAGGUGUCAGGAGUCUUCAUCAGCAGAGGAGGCUGACUGUGGCUCUUGGAGAAGAGGAGCUUCAUUCAUCUUUCCAAACAUUAACUCCUCCUCUGAACGAGCUGCCCUCCCUCCUCCUUCUCUUCCUGUUGUCCAGGGAAAUAUGUGUCUCCUCUUCCUGGCCUUUGCCUUCCUCCUUCUUGCCUGUUAUUCCCCGCCGUCCCUUUUUCCGUCCGCCGAGGGCUCGCGGUCGUGUCCACACCACUGCAUUUGUUACGAGCACGCCGACCUGGUGGACUGCCGCAGCCUUGGGUUCGAGCGCGUUCCCAGGGGCCUCCCACACGGCACGUGGCUGCUGGAGCUGGGAGGGAACAAUCUGAGCGAGAUCGGGACCCGAGCCUUCACUGGACUGUGGUCCCUGCGGGUGCUGGUGCUGACCAACAGCCAGAUAGAAGAAAUACAACCACAGGCAUUUUUCUCUUUGUCCUUCCUGGAGAAACUGGAUCUCAGCUGGAACCAGUUAACGUCUCUACCUGUCGACUUUUCAGCCAGUCUGUCUGCGCUCAAAGAGCUGCGACUGGAACACAACAACUUACAGCACAUAUCUGGAUACAGCUUGGAGUAUCUGGACAACAUGGAGAAACUGGACCUGAGUUAUAACCAGCUGGUGAUGGUUGGCCCCGGUGUGUUCAGGGGCCUCUCCAGGCUGAGACAGCUCUACCUGCACAACAACCGACUGACUCUGGUGCAGCAGGGCAGCCUGGAUAUGCUGCCUGGACUGGAGGUGCUCCAGCUGAGUAACAACAACAUCUCUCAGAUCGACAAUGAUGCUCUGGCGCCUCUCUACAGCCUGGCCAUCCUCGCUCUGGAAGGAAACAACCUGCAUCACCUAAAGUUUAAGACCUUCAUCAGCCUUCAUACAACAGCGACACACAUCCAGCUGUCAGGCAACCCGUGGAGCUGUGACUGCGACCUGCAUCGCGUCUUCAGUAAGAUCCUGCACGUUCGCCACCUUCACAUUGACGACUACCGCAACGUGACGUGCCAGGAUCCACCGCAGCUGGCGGGGGCUUCGCUGGCCUGGGUGGACAGCCAGCUCUGCAUCGCAGAGACCGCCACCGUACUCGUCAUCACUGUCACUGUGCUGGUUACCGUGGUGGCGGCUUUGGUGAUGGCAGAGAGGAACAGGAAGAGGAACAGUGGGAAGAACUGGGACACUGAGUCACAGAAUCAAAGUUAGAGCCGUCUGUCCUGAGAGUCGUCCUCACAAACAGCGAGAGGAUGAGAGCUGACAUAUAUGUCAAAAAGAGCAUACAAAUCUGGGCCCUGUAAAUGUGAAGAGGUUCCUCUUUCUGUUUUAAUAAUUUCAAUAUCAUUCAGUCAACUAAAUACAUCAUCUGUAAUGGUUACUGGGAACAUCAGAAUCAGAAUUAGAUUUGUUACCAAGUAGGUUUUCAUUCAGUGUGUUUCCAUGACGACAGAGGAAAUGGA